GCCGUUUGACGGAGGAGGAGGAGGGGAAGAAGCAGCAGCAGCCUCUGGCUCCUGAGGGCGGAAGAGGGCCUUCUGCGUCUCCGAGGAGCAGUGCCUUCUUCCUCGCUUGCUGGGGGUGGCUCUGAGGGCCUGAGAGGGCGAAGGAGGGAGGUCGCCAUGACCGCCGAGGAAGGGAAGGCCGAGGAGAUGAGCGCCGCCGCCGCCGCCGCCAGCGCGCCGGAGGGGGAGGGCGGGGUGGACAUCGCCCCCAAGAAGGACGGGGGGGUCCUCAAGGUUAUCAAGAAAGAAGGUACAGGAACAGAAUCUCCAAUGAUAGGUGAUAAGGUGACUGUUCACUAUACAGGGUGGCUUUUAGAUGGCACAAAGUUUGACUCAAGCCGGGACAGAAAGGACAAGUUCUCAUUUGACUUCGGCAAAGGUGAAGUUAUCAAAGCUUGGGACAUAGCUGUGGGAACGAUGAAAAUUGGGGAACUUUGUCAAAUUACCUGUAAACCAGAAUAUGCCUAUGGCUCUGCUGGCAGCCCUCCUAAGAUACCUCCCAAUGCCACACUGAUUUUUGAGAUAGAACUAUUUGAGUUCAAAGGGAAGGAUCUCACAGACGACGAAGAUGGUGGAAUAAUUCGACGAAUCCGUAAAAAAGGAGAAGGCUACUCCAAACCUAAUGAAGGAGCCCUAGUAGAAAUUGAGGUAGAAGGUUGGCAUGGAGACAGAGUAUUUGACAAACGUGAACUGCGGUUUGAAGUAGGAGAGGGAGAAAAUUACGAUCUUCCUCCUGGCCUGGACAAAGCACUGCAGAAAAUGGAGAAGUUGGAAGAGUGUGUUAUAUAUCUCAAACCCAGCUAUGGUUUUGGAAGUGCUGGAAAACAGAAGUUUCAGAUCCCUUCAGAUGCAGAGCUACGAUAUGAAAUCAAACUCAAAAGUUUUGAAAAGGCUAAGGAAUCCUGGGAGAUGAAUACUGAUGAGAAGUUGGAACAAGGUUCCAUUGCAAAAGAAAAGGGUACCCAAUAUUUCAAAGAGGGGAAGUACAAACGAGCUACAUUACAAUAUAAGAAGAUUGUGUCAUGGCUAGAGCAUGAAACAGGUCUCUCUGCUGAAGAGGAAUUGAAAGCUAAAAACCUGAGGCUUGCUGCCCACCUUAACCUGGCUAUGUGCCAUCUGAAGUUGAAGGAAUAUUCUCACGUCUUAGAAAACUGCAACAAGGCUCUUGAACUGGAUAACAGUAAUGAGAAAGGCCUCUUCCGGCGUGGUGAAGCCCGCCUGGCUGUCAAUGAUUUCGAAUUGGCCAGAGAAGAUUUCCAGAAGGUGCUACAGCUCUACCCAAGUAACAAAGCAGCCAAAGCACAGCUAAUGAUCUGUCAUCAAAAAAUCCGUGAACAACAUGAGAGAGAGAAAAAGAUGUAUGCCAACAUGUUCCAGAGGCUUGCAGACAAGGAGGCAAAGCCGGAUAGUGAUAUAGUCCAUAAAGAAGACACAGAAAUGAAAGAUGACAAACAGAAUGGAGUUGAAGAAAAAACAGAAGUUGAUGUAGAAGCCUGAAGCUAUUGCGCGGAUCCAUUUUGUAAAACUGAAGAAUUUCCAGUGAACUAGACCUUUAUUUUUCUAUCUGAUUGAAAUAAGGGGCAGAGGCUGGGGUUAUGGUGCUGCUUUGUGUCUGUCUAUGUAGGAAACAUUGGUGGCAGAACAGACUCGAGUAAUCUUAGGGACUUUAUUUAUUCGGUCUGUUGUUGAUCUUGGGAGUUCAAUCAGAAUUCGUUCCUUUUUAAUUCCUUGUUCUUCUCUGACUGGCAUCCCUCAGGUUCCUUCACAGUCUAGUCCUAAAUCUCACCCUUCACUCUGUUUACUCUUAAAUAAAAGUCAAAGAAUCAGCUUAGCUUUAAAAAGUCACUUUAUGAAAGACUUAAGAACAAACAAAACUAGUGUGUCCUUUCUCCUAUUACAACCUGGUCAUGUCUUCUUUCCUCUGUCAACGCAGGCAUGCUCCUCCCAUGGGCAAAUGUUGUCACCGUUCUUGUAAUGCCUCUUCUUUUGCAUAUUGCUGAAGAUGAAGACCGCAGUCCAAAGCUUGAGCAAUAAAGCACCAAAAAAAAAAAAAAA